UGAUGUUGCAUUGCAUUGAAAAUCAAGGCUGAUUUUAUUUCAAAAAAACAGCUAUAUUUUCACAUUUUCUCUAUCGAUUUUGUUAAAGUUGAAGAAUUGUUUUUAUUGUUUGUUGAUUCGGUUUAUAUAUUCAUUUAUUGUGUUUGCGUGAUUGAACAUAAUUCUUUCAGCUGGAAAAACAUUUGGUGUAAAUUCCAGAUUUUUUUUUCAUUCACUGGUUAUCGAUUUUCAGUAACAAAAUUCUUCAAUCAUGGCCGAUAUUAAACAAUGGUUCAUGUCAAUUCCAGUAAUCACCCGUUAUUGGUUUGGUCUUUCAUUUGUAAUACCUGUUUUAGGUCGAAUCGGUUUAUUUAAUCCAUACCAUAUGUUUAUGACAAAAGAUGCUAUAUGGAAAUUAGAGUUAUGGAGACCAUUCACUGGUACAUUUUAUUAUCCAAUUGGUCCGGGUACUGGAUUUCAUUAUCUAAUAAAUCUAUAUUUUCUUUAUCAAUAUUCAAAAAAUCUUGAAACAAGUGAAUUUGUUGGUAAACCAGCUGAUUAUCUUUUUAUGCUCAUAUUUAAUUGGUCAUCUUUGGUUUUAAUGGCUGUAUUCAUGAACAUCUACCUAUUAAUGGAUCCAUUGAUAUUGAGCGUCCUUUAUGUUUGGUGUCAAUUGAAUAAAGAAACGAUUGUUUCAUUUUGGUUUGGAACCAGAUUCAAGGCACAAUUUUUGCCUUGGGUUUUACUUGGAUUCAAUAUGAUUCUUGGUGGAGGGGGUUUCUUUGAAAUCUUAGGCAUCUUAACUGGUCAUCUUUAUUAUUAUGUAAAAUAUGUUUAUCCAAGAGAUCAAGGUGGUAGUGAAUUAAUAACAACACCAUCUAUUCUGUAUCGAUUUCUACCCAGUUAUACACCAAUGCGAUCAACAACUGGAUUUCUUUCAUUUCCAACAGCAUCAUCGAUUCGUAGUCAACGAAAUCCAUUUUCAUCAAAUAAUCCAUCAUCAUCAUCAUCAUCAUCAUCGACAUCAUCGGGUCAUAAUUGGGGUGGCCGUGGACAUGUUCUCGGUGGUAAUUGAUCAAAAUUUU